AUCUUUUUCGUCUGGACAGCGUAUCAGUACAGUGCGCGUUCGACUGGCGCGCACGUUGCACGUCGACUUUAUUCAACCUUCGCGCCAAAAAUCAAACUAACAAUUACUUAUAAAGUCAAGACUGUAGCCAUGAUUAAAACAUAGAGCAAUUAAAUUUAUAAUUUUUGAAGUGAUAUUUUAAAGUGAUAUUUUUAUAUAGAUAGUGUAGAAGUCAAACAAGAUGUACAAAUUUUUAUUUUAUUUUGCUGUGUUAAUUUCCUAUGGGUAUGCCGAAAUAUUAAAUUUAGCUGGAGGCCCGAAGACUAAUUAUACAUUCCCGAAAGGCUUCCUAUUUGGCGUCUCCACCGCAUCUAUUCAAAUCGAGGGAGGAUGGAAUGAAGAUGGCAAGACGGAAAGUAUAUGGGACCACUUAGUGCAUAACAAUCCAACAUUCACCAAAGAUGGUUCCAACGCCGAUGUGGCGGCUGACUCGUAUCACUUAUACAAAAGAGACGCUGAAAUGAUACACGAACUAGGUGUAGACAUUUACAGAUUCUCUAUAUCCUGGCCUAGGAUAUUACCUACCGGCUUGGCUAACCAAGUCAAUCCUCUUGGCAUUCAGUAUUAUAAAAAUCUAUUAAAUGAACUCGAGAAGUACAAUAUUACGCCCAUGGUAACGAUAUACCACUGGGAUCUUCCUCAAAAACUGCAAGACAUCGGUGGAUGGACCAACGCUCACAUAAUCGACUAUUAUGCAGAAUACGCAAAUGUCUUGUUCGAAAACUUUGCCAGUCAAGUGAAAUAUUGGGUGACCUUCAAUGAGCCAAUGCAGACUUGCUUGGAAGGUUACGGUAAUACCUACAGAGCGCCGGCUCUCAAUCGCCAUGGUAUUGCUGAAUAUCUUUGCACUCACAACCUACUGAAAGCACACGCCAGCGUCUACCAUUUAUUCGACCAACAAUAUCGUCCAUUAUAUGGAGGAAAAAUCGGAAUGUCAUUAGAUUCAAAUUGGGCGGAACCAAAAACGAAUUCUUCGAAGGACAAAGAAGCUGCGGAACUCUAUCUAAAAACUCAUCUUGGUUGGUAUGCGCAUCCAGUGUAUUCAGCAGAAGGAAACUAUCCACCUGAAUUAAUUCAGCUGGUAGACGAAAAAAGUCGUCAGCAAAAUUACAGCCGAUCCCGUUUGCCCAAAUUUACACCUGAAGAAGUCGAAUAUAUCCGUGGCACGGCAGACUUCUUUGGCUUAAAUCAUUAUACAACAUACCUAUUAAGUAUGGCUGACGGGGAAGUCGGCGCAAUUCCUUCUCAUGAAAAUGACAUUGGCAUCGUUCGGGUUCAAGACCCGAAGUGGCCUUCGAAAUCAUCGUCGUCGUGGCUUAAGGUGGUGCCGUUUGGUUUCCGUCGACUCCUCGCGUGGAUUACCAAAACGUACAAAGAUAUGCCCAUAAUCGUGACGGAGAAUGGUUACGCCGAUUUCAGCGGUGUCGAGGACGAUGCCCGCGUGUCGUAUUACUGCCAUUACUUGAAUUCUUUACUGCAUUCCAUACACGAAGAUCAUAGUAACGUUCAGGGCUACUUCGCUUGGAGUCUGAUGGACAACUGGGAGUGGGAUGAUGGCUAUGGGUCCCGCUUCGGUCUAUACUUGGUCGAUUUCAACAGUCCCAAUAGGACGAGGACGCCGAAGGACUCGGCGCGGCUCUACGCGAAGGUCGUGUCGUCACGCGCCUUGCCCGCCAACUACGACCCCGAAGACUUCACCGCCUUCUCCGGGACUUCGAACCUCAUUCCCACAAUACUUUCCAUGUUACCCCUUUAUAGGCUAGUCGUAUGACGUAGUAUAUUUACACCACUAAGUACGUAUGUAAAACUAUCAUUACAUUAAUUACUCGAUAA